AUGAUCCGCGAUCCUUUCAACCUCCACCGCAGUAACAGCGCCUUCAAACCCACUUCCCCACGACCUGGCCCGAACCAGCGAGACGAGCCAUCGCGGGCCGUCGCCAAUGACUUUGAAAUGUCUUUCUCCAUGCCCAAGAACCUGCCGGCCUUUGCAAACCCCCAGCGAGACCUAGAGGACCGAGUCUGGGGCUCCGGUGCGAGGUCCGGACAUUCUAAAGGAUUGCCCAUGUACAAAGACAAGCCGUAUGGCCGGUUACCGUCACACACGCCGUUCUGGAAGCGCAAGCGGGUAGUUGGCCUCGCCGCCAUCGUAUUCUUUGUUCUAUACUGGAGGGGGUUCUUCUCCUUGGGAACAUCCAAACAGGAUGCGCCUAAGGAUUGGAGCUGGAUGUCCUUUUCCAAAGAGGAGAAAGUGGCAGACUGGAACGAGAGGAGGGAACAUGUCGUGGACGCUUUUGAGCUGAGUUGGGAUUCCUACAAGCGAUAUGCCUGGGGCUACGACGAGUACAGUCCCAUCUCGAAGAAGGGCAACAACAUGUCCCCCAAGGGACUGGGAUGGAUCAUUGUCGAUUCACUGGACACCAUGAUGCUCAUGAACCUGACAUCUCGAGUCCAGGAUGCGCGAGAGUGGAUCGCCAACUCCCUGACCUGGGAGCAAGAUCAGGACGUCAAUACCUUUGAGACGACGAUCCGGAUGAUGGGCGGUCUUUUGUCUGCGCAUUAUCUGUCCAAUGAAUAUCCCCAUCUCGCUGCUUUGACGGAUGACGACGAGGGAGCCGCUGGAGAGGAUCUGUAUCUCGACAAGGCGAAGGAUCUCGCUGAUCGCCUCAUGGGCGCAUUCGACUCGCCAUCAGGCAUUCCGUUCGCCAGCGUCAACUUGGAGAAGUACAAAGGUAUCCCAUCCCAUGCUGACAUGGGUGCCUCCUCGACGGCCGAGGCUACGAGUUUGCAGCUCGAGUUCAAAUACCUGGCCAAGCUCACGGGAGAAAAAGAUUACUGGGACCGAGUUGAGAAGGUCAUGAAGGUCAUCGACGACAACGGCGCGCAGGACGGACUGGUGCCCAUCUACGUCUACGCUACUAGCGGCGAGUUCAGGGGCAAGAAUGUACGCCUGGGUAGCCGAGGCGACUCGUACUACGAGUACCUCAUCAAGCAGUACUACCAGACCAACAGCAAGGAGCCCAUCUACCGGGAGAUGUGGGACGAGGCGAUGCGAGGAGUGCGAAAGCACUUGGUUACAUACACAGAAAACUCUCAGUUUACCAUUAUCGGAGAACGACCGAAUGGCCUGGAGAAGCCAAUGUCACCUAAGAUGGAUCACCUCGUAUGCUUCAUGCCUGGUACAAUUGCCCUCGGCGCAACCGGAGGCCUGACUGAGGCAGAGGCCCGGAAGCUGCCCACCUGGUCCAAGAAGGAUGAGGAUGAUAUGCAGUUGGCACGGGAGCUGAUGCAUACCUGCUGGGGCAUGUACAAGUACAUGGCGACGGGAUUGUCUGCUGAGAUCACACACUUUACCAUUGCCCGGCCUCCACCUUCAUCUGAAGCCGCCCAUCAGGCACCUAAAGAAUUCGACACUGACCCCGAGGCUGAGUGGCGCAACGAUUUCAUGGUCAAGGCCAACGAUGUCCACAACCUACAGCGACCGGAGACGGUGGAGAGUCUGUUUUACAUGUGGAGAAUCACGGGUGAUACUCGAUACCGGGAGUGGGGAUGGGAGAUGUUCAAGUCUUUCGUCAACCAUACGGCUGUCAGAAACGAGGGAGGAUUCACAAGUUUGAGCAACGCUAACAUCGUCCCGCCCAAGGUCAAGGACAACAUGGAAAGCUUCUGGCUGGCCGAGACUCUCAAGUACAUGUACCUCCUCUUCUCGCCCAACGACAUCUUGCCUCUGGACAAGAUGGUGCUCAACACUGAGGCUCAUCCCCUGCCUCGAUUCGACAUGGGGGAUUAUUUCAAGACGGGUUGGGAGCGAAAACCAAGAGAUGAGAACGGUGUGAUGAUUGGAAAGAAGGUGGACGAAGAGAGUUCCUAG